CGUCAGUUACCAUGUUUUUAUGAAGAAACAGUCACUUGUAAAAGUUUUAUCAAUUUUAUCUUGUACUCCUCGCUCUGAACGAAACACAAGAGAAUAAGUUUGAACAAAGUUAUCCCGGGGAUUCAAUGAGAUAGUUUUAAGAUGAUCGCAAGGCAUGAAUAAUGAAUGGAAUUUGAUUAUAUCACUGAUACAAAACUUAGACAUGUCAAAAAUAUUACUGUUCAAGUCUAAAUGUCUCUAAGCUUGCUUUUAAUGAUUAUGUUUUGCGAACUUGUGGCAUCUAUGUUUUUGUUGCGUUUGCUUUUAUAGUGUAGCUUGAUUUCCGGUUCUAAAAUUUUGUUUUUUCGGCACCAGGUUCUUUUACAUUUUAACUGUAAGUUGAGAAUCUAACUGCAUGAUGGACGACUUCAAAUUAAAGGCAUUGGAGCUUCAAGGGAUGAUGGGAACCGUACUGCCUGUUCAUUAUAUUGGGGUGGUUGAAAUCAUUGAGACUCUACUUCAAGCUCUCAUCCUCAACAUAUCCAAUGGCAGAGUGGAGAAGCUUGGGAUCAAUCUGCUUGAAGUAUUACACAACACUCUGGACCAGAGCAAUGAAGAUUAUCUCCUCUCACAUGUCAAGAAAGAACAGAUAACCAAUGACUCUAUGGAUGAGUAUGGUAACAUACAGACAACCCCUAAUGAAAAUUUGGAAAUUUUAAAAUCAUUUUGCUCAAUGACAGCUGACGAUCUGUCAAAGUCUCAACAGGAAAAACUUGCCGAAGAUCACAUCCAUCAAUCAAUUGAUGACACUAGUACUGAUCAAGCUGAAAUAGUUAAUGCUAACCACAUGAGUCUAACAACAGAACCUUUGAAAAUCACCAUCUCUCCAAAGAAACCCAGAAAGAAAAGGACAUUGAUCAAGAAAAAAGAAACAUCAGACAAUGAGGUUACAAGUACAAAACGUAAAAGGAAAUCCAAAAAGCAAACCCCCAUCAAAAUAAAAUUGAAAGAUGAGGAUUUGUCCAAUCAAGAGGAUGACGAAGAAGAUCUUGAUGAAACUGUGGAUAAUAAUACGGAUGUGUCUUUCAGUGUUGAAUACCCUUUAGAUAAGAAGUUUAUGUGUAUGUUAUGCAGAGAAACAGAAUGUAGAUUUUCAACAAUUGGUGCAUUGUCAGUCCAUAUAAAAGUAGAGCAUGCUGUUGAUGAGGAAAGGCUAAACUGUUUUGAUUGCUCAUUUAUCUCUCAAUGCACGUCCCACCAGGAGUCAAAGAUGCCUUAUUUCGCUGCUUAUCUGAUGCUGAUAAAGCACAUGCGUGAUGAACACAAAUUAGCUGUUCCUGAUGAUGUUUUCUUGGAAAACUGCCCAGAGUGUCCAUACAUUCCUUUUACACUUCGCGACCUUCAAAAACACAACCAACUGAUCCAUCUUAACAACCUGCAUGGACUAAGAAAUGUUAAAAGCUACAAGUGCUUUCUCUGUGAACCCACAAAAGAACAAAACUUUGAUGACCAAAAACAGUUUCAUAAUCAUGUUCGGGCAGAUCACACAAAAACUGUAGAUUUAUUGACUGGUAAAAGGGAGAUGAAGUGUCCAUAUUGUGAUUUCAGUCAAGUUCAGAAUCAGGUGAAGGACAAGAAAGUGCUGAAGAACCCAAGGAUUCUGAAUAUUCGCCUCAUAAGAAUGGCCAUUCACAUGACGAAGGCGCACAAUCUAGAACAACCAGAAUACAUCCCAAUGUUUAAGUGCGACCAAUGCGAAUAUCAAACAAACUUAUUCAGAAAUCUUAAGCUUCAUAAGAGACUGUGUAAAACCAAACAAUUCAGACCACGAUCUGUAUGCGAGAUAUGUGGCAACAGUGUUCUUAAAGCAAAUAUGAACGCUCACAUAAAAAAUAAACACACAUUAGGGGACAUAAAACCCCACCAGUGCCCAGACUGUGGUGAGCUGUAUAAACACAAAAUAACAUUAACCCAACAUAUUCAACGCAAACACAUGGGAAUGGAUGAUGACGUCCACAUGUGCACUAUCUGUGCCCAUACUGUGAAAUCACGCGCGUCCCUCGACCAGCAUAUGCUUCAUUCCCACAACACAGUGACGUCAAAAAGAGAGGCGUUGAGUUGUCAACACUGUGAUAAUUACAAGACGUACAGCAAGAGUAAGCUGCAGAUUCAUAUUCUGAGACACCACAAUUCUAAUGAAAGGACGUAUCAGUGCCCUGAAUGUCAGAAGUUCUAUAAAACAACAGCGGACUUGAACUACCAUAUCAAACGCUACCACAAGAACAGAGGUACAUUUCCCUGCCCACAAUGCCCCUACGUGUCACACCUAAAACUUUACUUGGACAGACAUAUGCAGAUUCAUGAUGGGACAAAACAUCCUUGCCCAAUUUGUGACUAUUCCACAACAUUUCGUGAAAACCUCACAAAACACAUCAAGAAUGUCCAUAAAGUCAGUACGGUUGGAAUGAUGAAGAAAGAUGCCCUCACAAGCCCCUCAAUUAAACUUGGACAGAGUUUUGAAAUGCAGGACACGUCAAUGAACUUUGAUCAUAAUGCCAGAUUGAAGUUAAACCCAAAAGUGGAGAACCAGAGAGGAAGUUAUGUGGACUCUUUACUCCCCAAUAUGGAACAAGCAAAACCUGUAAACUUGACCUCUUAUUCUCAUGAAUUGCAUAAUUCCACCAUUUGA